GUCCAGCAGGGACCGGAAGUGCCUGGCGGGAGGAAGCUGGGUUGCCCUGGUAGCGGAGGAGUCUGGCCCUGAGGAGCCUCCCUUCCCCUCCCCGCCGCGCCCCAGAGACUCGGCGGGGCUAACCCCGUCCUCGCGCUUCCGGGUCCCAGCCCCUCCCCCCCGCGGGGUCCCCUCGCUGCUCCCGAGCCCUGCGGGGCCCCGCCGUGAACCUGGCUCCUGCCAUGACCGACAUGUACGACCAGGCGCUGCUGGGCAUCCUGCAGCACGUGGGCAACGUCCAGGAGUUCCUCGGCGUCCUCUUCGGCUUCCUGUACCGCAAGACGGAUUUCUACCGCCUGCUGCUGCGGCCGGAAGACCGGCUGGGCUUCCCGCCCGGGGUGGCGCAGAGCAUCGCCCUCAAGGCAUUCAAGAGCUUUGAACACCUGGCCCGUCAGGAUGAUGAGAAGAGGCAGCGGGAGCUUGUGGAGAAGAUGAGGAAAAGGGAGGAGGAAGCAGCAGCGGAGAGGACAAAAGUGCCUGCUGUAGCUCAGGAAGUUGAGAUCCACUCGGCAUCAGAGCCAGUCCCUGGCUCAGAUGAUGGUGCUGCCGCCAGGCCUCAUGAGCCCACUGCAGCAGAGGGGACAGCUGAAGCGGCAGAGAGCUCUGCGGCCGCAGAGCCACCAGGAGCAGCUGCCCCAGUGGAGUCCCAGCCAUCAGCAUUGCCCAAGAAGCAGGAGCAGUUCCAGACCAACCCUGACAGUUACAAUGGAGCCGUGCGAGAGAACUACUCCUGGUCCCAAGACUACAGCGACCUGGAGAUUAAAGUGCCGGUGCCCAAGCACAUCGUGAAAGGCAGGCAGGUGUCAGUGGAUCUCAGCAGCAGCUCGAUUCGCGUGGCCGUGCUGGAGGGGAGCAGCCAGCGUGUCCUCGUGGAAGGGAGACUCACCCACAAGAUCAACACGGAAAGUUCCCUAUGGAGUCUGGAACCAGGGAAAUGCAUCUUGAUCAGUCUGAACAAGGUGGGGGAGUACUGGUGGAGCGCCAUCCUGGAGGGGGAGGAGCCGAUCGACGUCGAUAAGAUCAACAAGGAGCGUUCCAUGGCCACAGUGGACGAAGAGGAGCACGCCGUGCUGGACAGGCUGAACUUCGACUACCACCAGAAACUGCAGGGCAAGCCCCAGAGCCAUGAGCUGAAAGUGCACGAGAUGCUGAAGAAGGGCUGGGACGUGGAAGGCUCCCCAUUCCGGGGCCAGAAGUUCGACCCCGCCAUGUUCAACAUCUCCCCUGGAGCCGUGCAGUUUUGACGACGCUCAGCGAGGAAGGGAAAAUCACAUCCAUGCAUGGGAUCGGAGGCCAAGGCCAGCGCCACUGUGUGUAACCAGCUAGCGCAGGGGCAAAGCCUGGGCUUCCCCCUCUGCCUGCUCCCAGGAGUGACAUCCAGCUACCCCUUUAUCCCGGCGCUGCCACCGGGGGCUGUUUGCAAACAGCCAGCUGCCAACCGGCUAGGGCAGGGUGUGGUUUGGCGGGGAGGGGGGAAUGCCAUCUUGGCGCAUUUGAGAUGCAUGUGGGGCAGGCCUAGCAAAUGCAGAACUAUGUCCUCUGUAACCACGGCAACCAGCGGCUGAGGUAGCAUUUCCCUUUCUCUCGCUGGCGAUGGCCCCGGUUGCUGCUGGGGGGGGCAUGGGCAGCUGUUGUUUUUCAGGAAUAGAUUAUGCUUGUUGAGGUGA